AUGCGUACCGCAUCCCUUCUUUCACUUCUGCCAUUGGCACUUGCCGCUCCUUCACAUACCAAAAGGGAAUUACCCGCUCCUGUUCUCAGGCCCCGUAAUGCGCAGCUAGUCGAGGGGAAGUACAUCGUGAAGAUGUACGGUGAUACCAAGUCUGAGGCCAUGGAGUCUGCCAUUCAGGUCUUCACUGCGGACCCUGACCAUGUUUACACUUCGAACAAGUUCAACGGCUUCGCCUCCUCUUUGAGUGCCGCAGAAGUUGAAGCCUUGCAGAAUGACCCCAACGUGGAAUACAUUGAACAGAAUGCCAUCAUGACCAUCAAGGCUACACAGCAGAAUGCCGACUGGGGCCUCGCACGCCUGUCGAGCGCAAAACCCGGCGGCACCACUUACACGUAUGACGAAAGUGCAGGAGAGGGGACUUGCGCCUACGUUGUCGAUACUGGCAUCGACACUACUCAUGCGGAAUUCGAAGGCCGAGCCAAGUGGCUAGCCAACUACGCCGACAAAGACGACACGGAUGGUCAGGGCCAUGGCACUCACUGCGCUGGCACCAUAGGUUCCAAGACCUACGGCGUGGCCAAGAAGAUCAAGCUCUUUGCCGUCAAGGUCCUGGAUUCUGAAGGCUCGGGAACCAAUGCCGACGUGAUCGCCGGAAUGGACUUCGUCGUCAAGGACGCUCCGGGCCAAGAGUGCCCCAACGGCAUCGUCGUCAACAUGUCGCUAGGCGGCGAAGUGUCCACAGCCGUCAACGAGGCUGCGGCCGCUAUUGUGGAUGCUGGUAUCUUUCUGUCAGUAGCGGCUGGGAAUGAAGCCGCGGACGCAAAGACGUCGUCGCCUGCUUCGGAGCAAUCCGCGUGCACAGUAGGCGCAACGACAGUCGACGAUGAACUGGCCGAGUACUCCAACUUCGGCACAUUGGUGGACAUCCUGGCCCCUGGCACCGAUAUCAAGAGCACCUGGCCUGGUGGCAAGACGAAUACUAUUUCUGGCACUUCCAUGGCAAGUCCCCACAUCGCCGGCCUCGCCGCUUACUUUUUGGGCCUUGGCUCUGCACCAAGGGAACCUGUUGCGCUAUGCAGCUACAUUGGGCGGAGCUCGGUCCAGGGUGUCAUUUCGGGUGUACCCAGCGGCACCAAGAACUUGUUGGCCAACAACGGAGAGGGUAGCGGUGGUAACGGAACUUCGGUCGCGAAGAGACGCAUCCCGAGGGCUGUCUCGCUGCGAGAUGCUGUUGCAUCACCUCCGUGA